CUUAAAAUCGGGCCUAAACAGGAUACAAGUCAGGUGGAUAGACUGUCACGUUCCUCAGUGCCAAUUUUUGUUUUUUAAAUGGAAAAGCAAGGCAUACAAAGGAACUGAAUUUGACAAAGGAUAUGUAGAAGCUUAUAAUCUCCAGGACCAAUUCUGGUUUACUGCACGAGUUGAUGUUUUUGCAGUCGUUUUUGGUCACUAAGACAACGGAGAAUUAUCUUGGGAAAGUAGCCGUCACGGCAUUUCUCAGAUAGGCCUACUGGAUUGUCUAACUAGCAUUCAUUUCAUGAUGUGAAAUUGUACCUGAAUUAUAGCGCUACAAAGUUUACUAGAAAGAGUGUGCACCCAUUUUAUCUUUGAAACAAUGACCGUGAUGGAUGCUGUUGAAACAGAAAGAUGUACAAGAAAGAGUUUGUCAAGUUCAAAUAAGAAGAUAAGCGAAAGGAAGAAAAGCUCGUCAAAAUCAUCUGGAAAAUCUUCUGCAAGAAAGAGAAGAGUUAUUGGACAAGGUGAAGCAUACAGCAGUGAGGUGUCUGGGGACCUUAUAGAAAAGUUCCCUGUUAUCAAAGAAAAUUUUGACAUUCUUUCCAAAGUUGGAGAAGGAACAUUCAGCAAAGUUUAUCUAGCACAAUUAAAGUCAUAUCCAGAUGAAAUAGUAGCCAUAAAGCAUAUAGUGCCAACAAGUUCACCUGUAAGAGUGAGGAAUGAGCUGUCAUGUUUGCAGAAACUGGGAGGGAAGCAUAACAUCAUUGGAGUCAAGACAACUUUGAGAAAUAAUGAUCACAUCGCUUUUAUCCUGCCAUAUUUCAAACAUGACAAGUUUCAGACAUUUUUCAGACGGUUGAAUACCAAUGAAAUAAGAGAUUACAUGAAGAACUUAUUUGCAGCACUUGCGCAUGUUCAUAGUUACAACAUCAUUCAUAGAGAUGUCAAACCGAGUAAUUUCCUUCAUUCAAGAACAACUAAAAGGUAUUCACUUGUCGAUUUCGGGCUUGCAAUGCAAGUUCCUGGGACACAUGGAAUGUUAUCAGAAGAUAAUAGUCCAGCAUCAGCCAACACUAGGGCAAGGACCCAUGCCAAAGUUAAGCUAAAUACAGAGCGUAGUUCUCAGAACGAGGCCUCAAAGAUCGCUGCCAAAAACAGUAUAGCACGAGGAGACAAGUAUUCGGCCAAGAACACGAGACUGCGACCGGAGUCUAAUUUGAGGACUGGUGUCCUUUGUAAAAUAGGUCACCAUCCAGGCCAUUCACACACGUCUGUUUGUUCAUUCUGCUGUUCCAGAUCUGGACAAAAUGCUCCUCGCGCUGGCACACCAGGAUUUAGAUCGCCGGAAAUUUUGAUGAAAUUACCCAAUCAAACGACAGCUGUCGACAUAUGGUCUGCAGGCAUCAUCUUGCUGUCAUUUCUAAGCGGCCGUUAUCCAUUCUUCAAAGCCAAGGACGAUUUGUCUUCCCUGGCACAAAUUAUAACUGUAUUUGGUAGCAAAGAAGUUGCUUCUGCUAGUAAUCUAAUAGGCAAAGACUUGACCUGUUCUCAAACUAUGCCUCCUUUUGAGCUAAAGUCAUUGUGUGAGAGGCUACGGCAAAAGACUUGUACCUGCCAAAGACUAACUAGCACCAAGCGAAAAUACUCGUCUCGCGAUGCAGUAUCGAAACGUCCGAGAAUCGAAAGUUUUGAAUCAAACGAAAGCGAGGAACGAAUUAAUACAAGUGUGUCCCCGAAUCGAAACAGCGCAGAUGGCAGGCGAGAGACUUCUACGAAAAUAGAACCUCGACGAAGUCCGAGAAAGCGGCAAGGUUUACGUGGGUACGAUAACUUGGAAAAUACUUCGACUCCUAUUUCUAAUAACAAAAUACAACCAUUAGAAGAUUCGCCACAGUAUCAACGUGUCAGUGACACAGAAACACGAACGCGGACGUUUUCGUACGGCGAUUGUUACUGCAUACCGGAUAGCGCGUAUGAUCUGCUAUCAAAGUGCUUAAAACUUGAUCCGGCUCAACGCAUCACCGCUUCAGAUGCGUUAAAUCAUAGAUUUUUAACUAGCUAGUGCAGUGAUAAUAUUUUUUGAAUUUAUGUUCUAUCUUUUUAGAAGUUUUAUUAAGAAAGUUCAAUUUUGAUUACGCAAUACCCGUGUAUGUGAUUGAACAGCACGCACGCGUAACAAACUUUUACACGCAACGCACACUUAUCAAUUAGAAGCAAAUAUUCCCUCCGAACCCUCUUACUCUAGCUUCAUUCUCUUCCGUUCAAAAGCCUGCAAACUGACACCAUAGUUCGUCUUCACGUCAAAGCGACGCCGCGUUCUUUCCCAAAUCUUGCAUCAUCCUUAACAGUUGUAUAAGCAAUGAUAUCCCGUUUUUAACAAUUAUGACGUUUCCAAGGGUCAACUGAAUAUUGAAAAUGUUUGUGACGUUAUUUUGGGUAUCUAUUCCAAGCUCUCUACUUCAGAAUCUUAUACCAGUGCCUGUUUGUAAUAUUUAUUCUCUGGUCCCAUAUAUGUUUACAAAUAAAAGAAAUUUGCAUAUAAGCCUCGCAGGCUGCUGUACAAAAUAUGCUGUUUUAUUUCUUCAUUACAAUUUCAUAUUUUUUAUUCUGUAUCUGUAUUAACGAUCUAUGAUUAUACCACGUUGUUCUGUAUGGCAUAAAGCCUGUCACAUCCUGAUUCUUUGAAGCCAAUCUUUUUCAACCAGAGAUCAUCUAGGUUCAUCCUUCUGUUACGAGAUUUCCUGGAUAGAAAUGAAACCGAUCCACUUUGCAAGGAACAUCCGUCCUCAUCAUGGAUGAAAUUCCUUUUGAUUUUUAGCACUUUUGGUAAAAUUUGGUUUUAGAACUAUCAUUUCUACAAUGGUUUCAAUACUGGUUGUCUUUUUUGAACCGCAAAUCGAUGUAGCCAUUUACGAGUAGAUCUUUUUGCCGCAGCAGAUAAAAUCUUAUAAUCGUCAUUAUGUUUUUCAUUAUGUAAAUAGCUUAAAUUUUCUUUUUUCAAAUUUAAAGAAAAUAAAGAUGAAUGCUUUGUUGAUGAAUAUUAUUGAAUAAAA